UCUAUAGAGUUCAGUGCUUGAAAAUUACAUUGUACUGUGAUUAUAUCGUAGUCAGGACGCAUUGUAGAAUGUAUAUAAUUUAGUGGAUUGUACCGCGUUAUCGAAUUACAUAGUUAAUAAAAAUAUGUAGAAAUUGCUUUGUAAAAUAACUUGGUUGCAAACAAAAUGAUAGAAAGUGAAAAAAGCAGAAAAAAAACAAAGAUACGGAAUGUCUUUGUUACUUCGCUUAUUGCAGGAGGUGCCGCAGGAACAUUCGUUGAUGUUGCAUUAUUUCCAUUAGAUACGUUGAAAACUCGAUUACAGAGUUCAUAUGGAUUUUCAAGAGCAGGUGGGUUUAUGGGUCUUUACAAAGGAAUUUGUCCAGUUAUAAUUGGUUCAGCUCCAACAGCUGCUCUAUUUUUCUUAACAUAUGAGGAAAUUAAAAUUAUAAUGCAACCAAAAAUUUCUGUAAAGUAUUGUACUGUACUUCACAUGGGAGCAGCAACAUUUGCAGAAAUGCAGGUAGCGUGUUUGAUACGAGUGCCAGUAGAAGUCACAAAACAAAGAAAACAGGCACUAAUAUUGGAUAAAAAAUUACUCGAUCUUAAAAUACUAUAUCGUGGAUACUGGAGCACAGUGUUGCGAGACACGCCUUUUAGCAUUGUACAGUUUCCAUUGUGGGAAUAUUUGAAAACGCUUUAUACUUGUCACAUUGAAAGAAAAAUACAUCCUAUGGAAAGUGCGAUUUGCGGCGCAAUUUCAGGAGGCAUCUCCGCAGCCGUUACGACUCCGUUGGAUGUUGCAAAAACGAGGAUAAUGCUCGCCAAUACAACAUUACUUUCGUCAGAAUUGAAAAUAUUGAAUGUACUUCAUAAUGUAUAUAUAGAAAACGGUUUCCGUGGAUUAUUCGCUGGUUUUGCACCAAGAGUAAUAUGGAUUACAUUAGGAGGUUUUAUGUUCUUCGGAGUUUAUGAAGAAGCAAGAGUACUUACGCAGACAAUAUUUCCAAUGCUAAAGUAAAAAUACAGCUAUACAAUUCUAUGCGAUAUUAUAUGAAAGGAUAAUGUGUUUUUGUAAUUAUAAAUUGUACUUAUAUUAUUAUUUGAAAUAGUAUGAAACAAUUAUUCGAAAUGUACAAAACGUUUAUUUCUUCCAUUGUAUACAAUUUUUUCUUAUAAUAGCUAUAAAUGCGUAAUACAUAAAAAUACAAUUUUACAUUAUUUCUUUACUUAUAUUAUUAUUUUGUUUUGUAAAAAAUAAAAAAAAUAUUCUUUACAUAUUAUUAAAAAUUUGUAUGAAAUAGAAGUUUUAUUUUAUAACUAGCGAAGAUAAUCAUUAUCAAUUAAACUGAAAACAUUGAUACUAACAAUAAGUAUGAAGUUGUAGUAAUCUAUAUUCAUUCUCAUUUCCUCAAAUAAUAAAUUUAUUCGUUAACUUAGAGACGAUAUUUUCUUAACAAAAAUAUUGAGAUUAAUAGUUUUUAAAUUAAAAGUGAUAAUAUUAGUAUUUUAAACAAAUUUUAAUGAUAUAAAUAAAGAAUAAUCUCUUUUAUUGCUAGUAAAUUUGGCUGUAACAAGGCUUUUAACACUUCAUUUAACACUUGAUCAUAAUUAAUUUCAAUUGCAAUUUUUGUUAAAUAAAUAUUGGUUCCAUACUAUGUUACCUAAUUUCAAAUACAAUGUUGCAUCUUGUGUUAUAAUUUUCUUAUCUUCGUAAAAGAUAAAAAUUGCACAUAUUAACAUGAAUAUAAAAUAUUUCUUUUAUAGAUUAUUUUGUAUGUUGUGUAUAUUACAUUACACUUUCGCGGUCGCUCAUGUAUUUUGACAUUUAUAUUUUGGUAUAAGUCAGGAGCCGGUCACGUAAUUUUACGUUUAUUAUUUUUCGCAUCAUUGUAUUAGGUCGUGUAAUAUGAAAUGUCGGACUUUACAUCAGUUCAAUAUAAUAGAGCGGCUCGAAGCGUUGAGCGGAGCCGAAUAUAUAACAAUCGCGAAAAUGUGUGUGUGUGUUUUAACCA